CUUAUAUACCCUCAUCUCAAAAAUAACAGCCAAUCAAAGCUCACACCAGCUGCCCCCCCUCAUAGCUCCAAACUGCACCUCUCUCAAUGUUUGCCUGAUGUAAUCUGAUCCUUCAAUUGGUAAUUGAGCUUCAACGUCUUCUCUAAUUCUUUUUCAUAUUUGUUCUCUACAACCAAACGAAUCGAACAACAACAUGUCCUCCUGUAUUUUCUGUCGCAUCAUCAAGGGUGAUAUCCCCUCUUUCAAGCUGUUUGAGAGCGACAAGACUCUCGCUUUCCUCGACAUUGGUCCUCUCAGCAAGGGUCACGCCCUUGUCAUUCCCAAGCACCACGGUGCUAAGCUGGCCGAUAUUCCUGACGACCACCUCACCGAGAUUCUGCCUGUUGUCAAGAAGAUUGUCAAGGCGACUGGUGCCACUGAUUACAACAUCCUCCAGAACAAUGGCCGCAUUGCUCACCAAGAAGUUGAUCAUGUUCACUUCCAUAUGAUCCCUAAGCCCAACGAGACCGAGGGCCUCGGCGUCAAAUGGCCUACAAAGCCUGCUGAUAUGGAGCAGCUCAAGGCUUACUGCGAGGAGCUCAAGGCCAAGAUCUAAAGAGCUGCGAUAUACGCAUAUGCGGCAGUGCCCAAUUGGGAAAUUGGUUCAUGAAGAGCCCUUCUAGUAUUAUUGUCCGGUUACCAGGUACCAUCCUGCGCCCGCCAAAUCAACCUGAUUAUCUACA